AUGUUCUCGCUCAAGACUCUCCUCGUCUCCAUGGUGGUUGCUGGCAUGGCCAGCCCUAUCGCCGACGUCGAGAACCGCGCACUCAACCCCGGAACCUUUGUCAACGACAUGCUCAACGCCCACAACUACUACCGCAGGCAGCACGGCGUCUCCGAUGUCACCUGGAGUGCCGAUGGUGCCGCCUAUGCCCAGAAAAAGGCCAACUCCUGCAUUUUCGGUCACCAGAACCCCGUCUCCGGAUUCGGGGAGAACAUCUUUUCUAGCUCCAUCGGUGGCGGCUCGACCUUUUACGAUCCUGUCAAUGCUUGGGGCCAGGAGCGUAGCUCGUACAACUGGAACAGCCCCGGGUUCAGUAUGUCUGCAGGCCACUUCACACAGCUCGUCUGGGCUAGCACCCACCAGAUUGGCUGCGCCUGGAAGGACUGUGGUGAUGGCGGUGGCGAUGGCACCCAUGCGUUUGGCGCCUACGUUGUCUGCAAAUAUGCGCCCCCCGGAAACGUUGAGGGAGGUUACAAGACAAAUGUGCUGCCCCAGAGAAGCGGCAGGCCAACGGACAAAGCCCACCCUUGA